AUGGUGGUGGCUGGCAAGAUAGGUGGGGCUUCCCCUUGCUGUACUGCUUGCAUCGUGGGAAUCAAAAAUCUUACAAAAGAAUAUGCAGGAAAGCAUGAGAAAGUAGAAGCUUUGAAAGGUCUGGUGAUUGACAUAUAUGAAGGCCAGAUCACUGCCCUGCUUGGUCAUAGUGGAGCUGGGAAAACCACCCUGUUAAAAAUACUCAGUGGGCUCUCAGUCCCAACAUCAGGUUCGAUCACCAUUUAUAAUCACACACUGUCAGAAAUGACUCACAUGGAAACUGCCAGCAAGUUCACUGGAGUGUGUCUACAAUCCAACGUGCAGUUUGGCUUUCUCACUUUGAAAGAAAACCUCAGGCUGUUUGCUAAAAUAAAAGGGAUUCUGCCAAAUGAAGUGGAGCAAGAGGUUUUGCUCUUGGAUGAACCAACUGCUGGAUUGGAUCCUCUUUCAAGGCACCGAGUAUGGAAUCUCCUAAAAGAGAGAAAAUCAGACAAAGUAAUUCUCUUCAGUACCCAGUUCAUGGAUGAGGCUGACAUCCUGGCUGCGCUCAUCGUUCAGGGAUAAUGUGGAUUGACUGUUCCCUGCAGAUUGGCGGAUGCACUCAGGCUGCAGGACCAGCUGAAGGCUCCCGUGAAGACCUUAUCUGAGGGAAUAAAGAGAAAGGUAGGGGCGGAGGCAAGGUCACCUGUGCACCCCGCAGGCAGGUGCGGGA